AUGACUAAGAAAUCUGUGCCCACGUUCUGCGCCACGAUUGCCCAUUGCACGCCCGAGAAGAAGAAUGAUUAUUUGCAGCAGAUGAUCAUGAACGCGGCCUACGAAAGGGCCAGAUCGGGCGAGUUGGAAAUCGAUGGAGCUCCCAUUUUUGGCCCGGUAGUUCAGGACAUGAGAGCUCUGGACGCGCAGGCUGCCGCCAGCGAUGUCCAAGGUGAGUUCAAGGUCUGCACAGUCAUUCAAGGCACGCUGGUGAUCAAGCACGCCUAUGUGAGCAAAUUCUCUGCCAUGCCUGGCUUUGCAGAGAAGCUGGAGAGCCAUGACGACCUCUACAACAAGGAGAAGCUCCAGGCUGCUGAUGCCAGGGUGGAAAGAGAACCUCUGAAAAAGGAAAAUGUGGGCAAGCCUGCCGAGUGCAUCUUGGUCGAGUUCACAGAGGAGAUGACGAGCGAGAAACUUGCUUCUUUGCCCAACCCGCACAUCCUGCAGAUCACGAGCGAGGUGACGUUGGUCGCUGAUGAGGCUGGCAGCCGGAUGUGGGCCGAGAUAGAGCAAGCAUUCACGGCGGCAGACGGGCGAGCGCUCUUCUCCUCUGGCAGUGGGUGCUUCUACGAAGCUGCAGAUGCGCAAGAAUACUUCAGCGACGGCAAUGGGCGGUGGCUCUCA